AUGACCUCAUCGUUCUUCUUACUGCAGCUCUAUUAUGACGAGAGACCAAGAGGAGUCACUGCUUGCUCAUGCGGUGCAUCUUUCACUAUUCAGCAGAUUCCUCGCAGUGGUGAAGUGCGUCAGUUGUGGAGUUCCUCUGUUUCGAGUUCCUUCAGUGCUCUGAUGUCGUCCGUCCCGCUGGUGCUGUGUAAUGGUCCAGGGACGUGUGUCCCACUGUGUGCCACUGGGCUGCUCCUGGGCAUCCUGGGACUAAAAAGGGUCUUGAUCAUCUAUGUGGAAAGCAUCUGUUGUGUGGAGACACUGUCUCUAUCCGGGAAGAUCCUCUACUACUUUUCUGACUACUUCUUUGUGCAGUGGGCAUCACUGAGAGACAAAUACCCGAAGGCCGUCUACUCAGGGAGACUGGUGUGAAGAGAAAUCCCUUUCUGUAGACUUUUUCAUGUCUUUAUGAUUUCGUAUUUGUAUUGAGAAUUACAUGCAUUUUGAUGCUGUUCUUCACAUUCGAUUCAUUCCUAUGCAGUUACUGAUGUGCUAAGUACACAACUAUGACAACUAUCUCAGAGUUUUGUUUUUUUCAGCCAGACGGUCAUGAUAGGCUGAUGAAAUGUCCUGUUCUACACACCUGCUCUGCCUUUUACGCCUCUGAAAGUCAACAAAAUUAAAGCGAGCAAAGUUUAUACACGCGCACCACUGCAUGCUAAACAAUAUUUGUCUUUUGAUCACAGGUUUGUCCAUUUCAAGGUUAUGUUAUCAGUCAGUUAAAUGGAAGACUUUUUUUUUUUAUUUAGAUUUUGACACCUCAUUCUUUUUCCUCAGCAUUCCUGUGAAAUAUUUUCCAGCUCACUAUGCAUUUGAGCGCUACUUCAUUGUCUUCCUGUGCUGGUAUGUGGUUCAAGAGGAAAUUGUGUGAAUUAUAGACAAAACAUAGAGAAAAGAUGGAAAAUCUGUGAUUCCAGCGGUAGUUUUUUUUUAUUUUAUGGCCCUGUACUCAUCUGUUCAUCUUGUUACUAGAGAUGAGACGGCACUCUAAAACCUGUAGCAUGAGGUUUCUUUUGUGUCCCAGAGCAAGUUCAUAUGGAAUAAUUCACCCAUAAAUUAUCGUUUUAAUUCCCCUCAGGCCUAUCAACAUGUAGAUGACUUUGUUUAUUCAUCCCAACAGAUUGGGAGAAAUGUAGCAUUACAACACUUGCUUGUAUUACAACACCAAUGGAUCUCUUGCAGUCAAUGGGUGCCGUCAGAAUGAGAGUCCAAACAGGUGAUAAAAACACAAUGAUCUACAAGAAAUCCACACCACUCCAGUCCAUCAGUUAUCAUCUUUUGAAGUGAAAAGGUGACCAUUUAUGGAAGUCUUUAUAGUGAAGAACAUGAAUCCAUAUUGAGUCUGAAAUUAUCUUAAAACUGUAAAAUAUUAAACUUGCUUACUGACCUCAGUUGUAUCUCUAGUCAUAAAUUCUCUAGAGUCUUAUCUGGAAACAAUUCAUUGUUUAAUCUCUCACUGGCUGAUACCAUCAUCAAUAUAGUCAAUAUCUUUCCCAGUCGAUCUGACAGAAUCUUCAUUAAAUUUCAUUCUUAUAUUUAAUGUUGCAUUUGAUUUUUAGCUGAC